AUGGGGGUGCCCUUUACACCAAACAACGUAUACGACCUGGAGACGCGAUACAAGGAGUACUGGCAGGGCAUGGUUGAAGAAGGCUCGCCUCUUCAUUUCGGAAAGCACAAUGGUGACAUUGUCCAGGUCCAGCUGUCGGACUUGGAGCGCCCAGUGCAUGUGCUUUGCAGUGGCCCGCCAUGCCCGCCUUGGGCAGGAAAUGGCAACAAGAAAGGUGUGGAAGACUUCCGAGCAAAAGCUUUUCUGGCUAUUGUGAAUAUAGUGGCUUCGCUAGCCAAGUGUGGUGAGCUGCAAGCAGCGAUCUUGGAAAAUGUCCAAGGCAUUUUACACCGCCAAGGUGGCGAAGAAAGUUUCAUGUCAAAGCUUCUGCACAUUUUGCAAGAAGAAGUGCAGGAAUUUCUCUGGCAGGUGGACACCCUCAAGGCGGUGGACUACAAGCUAGCGCAGGACAGAACGCGUGUGUUCUUGCGUGGGAUCCGGAGCACGUUGUGCCCAAGCGGGGCGGUGCCACCUCCACUACCCCCAUUUGGCCACAGAGUGUUGACAGACUUUCUGGCGUCAAUGCCUUGUGUGGACCGUAAGAAGCUCACAAAGUGCAUGGCCCAAAACUUGAAAGACAGCCAAGAACAACUGCGGAAACUUUUGCAGGAAGGUCGCCUCGUAGAGACAGACGUUGUCUGCUUCCCACUGGACCGCGCAGAUGGCAAAACAUACAAGCGGCAUAUCAGCGUCAAUCGUACACCAACAUUGACCACCUCGAAUUCAUACCUGUUUGUGUCAGACAUGAAGGUGGGCCUCCCAGAUCAGAAACGGACACACUUCCGUUUCUUGCAUCCGCAUGAGCGGUUUGUUUUGCAAGGUUUCAACGUGGAAGUCGCCGAACAAUUCGCUUCCAGCCAAGCCUUACAAGUCAAGGCAGCAGGAAAUGCCUAUCCAGUGCCACUCAUUGGAGCAGCAAUGGCCCCAUUGCUGGCUGCCUUCGGUGAGCUGCCCCAGAAAGGAGAAAGGGAGCUGGAGUUCCCCACGCGUUUCCAUGAGCGUUUGGCUGACGCCAUGUACGGUGCUGGGAAGAAAAGCAAACCAAAGAAGGCAGGACAUAAGGUGCUCAAACGACCGGCUGCACACCAAUCAUCAGACAAACCUGCAGACGAAAAAUUGGACAAAACCCAUCCUGGGCCCCAUGACAAGGAGCAACAUGACGGUGAUGGGGCACAGCCUUUGGGUGAAGAACGUGCGGGGCCUUCCACCAAGAAGCGACCUGCCAGCACGGCAAGCAUCGGAAGGCCCUGUCAGAAACCAAGACUCCCUGCCGCAUGGCGCCUGCGUGGGCAAAGAUUGCAUGAGUUUAUUUCCUCUUCCACGCUGGUUCAAGCUGACCACGGGUUGCUGCGAGGCUUGCCCGCAGAAACAUUGAGAGCGAAGCUUUUGCUUGUGAUUGUAGGGACAAACCACAUGGCUGAAGCCCGCUUUGAUGGGAUGCUUGACUACUUCGCUGCUCUCCAAAAGAGCUGCGGGGGGUUCCUUGAAAAGGACGCCUUAGACCCCCUGUUGAAAAGCUGCAUGCUGGAUAUUGAACGCGCCCCGCCCAUAACCAUAGAAGCAGGGGCCAGCAUGCUUAGAAAGCUUGAGAAAGCUACCGUGCCCCAGGCAUGGCGUGAAGCUUUAGUGAAACUGGUGCAAGCCAAGGUUCAGACAGGCGCAGAGAACAGCUGCAACGAAGGGAAUAAGAAGAACAAGGAAAAACCAAGGCAGACAUGUCUGCACUUGGACAACUAUUUCUUGAAGAAGGACUGGGAAAAACUGGCUUCGGAUGGGUUGACUGACAAGGUCAACUUGGCAGCGCAAAGAAUGGCAGCCCUGGGUUUGCUGAACCCAACAGAGCCGACUGUGGUGCAUGCAGUCGCAAUUCUGUAUUUGACGUCGCACAAAGGGACCCUGGAAGAACUUAACAUCACCGGCGUCCAUGCUUUGAAUACGGUGCGGGAUUUGAAAUCUGUGCUCAGAGGAUUGAAAGGCUUUACGCAGUCUGGGAUCACCAACUACCCAAUGGAUCCUGCAGAAUUGCCCGGCCCCAUAUUCAUGAAAGCGUUUGGACAAGAAAAGCCAGAGCCAAGCCGUCUGGAUCCUCACGCGCUUGGAUGGUUACAAGUUGUGCUACCUGCAAGGGACACGCACACAUCAGUGCGAGGUGCCUGGGGAAAGCGAACCUCGCGACUACGCACUGGCAACAACUUCCAGGAGAUGCUCAUGAAUGCCAUGAGCAACCCUGACAUGGCAGCAGCUUUCGCCAGCAUGAUGAGAAACAAUUCUGGAGUGCAGCUGAACAUGACACGCCGGAAACAGUUGAUGCCAAGCGCUGCCUCUGCACAGGUGGAACCACUCAUGUUGGCAAACGGGCCAGCUGCUUCUCACAACUUGGCAGGCAAGCAAGACCCAAAGGAUGAAGUCGACCUCGAGACAUCGCUUCCAAGUAAUGAAGAACCUAGCAUCAAGGCUCGUCCUGGUGCAAAAGAAAUCAGCAAGGCUCGUCCUGCUGUAAGUGAAACCAGCAAAGCUCGGCCUGCUGCAGGCGAACCCUGCGAAUCUCUGCCUGCAAAGGACAGCAAGGAAUUGCCUCCGCUGGAACCCAAAAGCGUAGAUGCCAUGGCGAAUGACAUCUUGGCAGCCAUUGGCGGCCAAAAAAGAAAGAAGACCGCUGCUGAAGAGACCACCGAGGGCGAUGACGUGCCCAUGCCGAAGGUAAAAGCCAAAAGCAAACCAAAGGGAAAGGCCAAAGCCACAGCAAAGAAAACAUCUGCUGUGGCCAAGGCCAAGAGUACGCCUCCCAAGACCAAGAAUGCUGCGCCCAAAGCAAGCCCGAAGAAAAAGAAAGAGGUCUUGCCAUUCCCUGGGACAGCUGCACAUGAGCCCGUUCGCCACAAGAACGCUACAGUUUACAUAUGCCCCAAGUCGACCAACUACAGGGUCAAACUUGAUGGUGAGAAGAAGGACAAGGCCUUCAGCUGGAAACGCCAGGAUGCGAAGGAGGCAUGGGUGCAGGUGAAGGAAUACAUCCUGAACUUGGAGUGA